ACUAAUGAUUCACUCCGAGUGAGAUAAAUUUUUGACCUAAUAGAUGAUGAGACACCGUGAUAUCUGAUCCAGGAAAAAAUAAAAAAGCCUAAAAACGAACGAACGAAAGGAUCCUCCCUCUUCUCUUCUCACACACACAUGCUCUCUGGAAGAAGCAACUUCAAGUCUUCAACGAUGGCUACGAAUUCGAUUACCUCAUCCUCCUUCCGAUUAGUAACAACGAGAAUCCCUCUCUCCCUCUUCCGAAAAACCCCACCUCUCCUUUCAUUCCCCACAAAACCCUUUUUCUCAAAACCCAUCACCUUCCAGAGACUUCAACCAACACCACCACCACAAUCAUCAUCAUCAUCAACAUCAGCAUCCCUUCAACCCAUCGAAGACCUACCUCCGAAGCUCCAAGAAAUCGUGCACCUCUUCCAAUCCGUCCCCGAACCCAAAGCCAAAUACGAACAGCUCCUCUUCUACGGCAAGAACCUCAAACCCCUCGAACCCCAAUUCAAAACCAACGACAACAAGGUCCAAGGCUGCGUCUCCCAGGUCUGGGUCCGAGCCUACCUCGACCCGAACCGCAACGUCGUCUACGAAGCCGACUCCGACUCCGGCCUCACCAAGGGCCUCGCCGCGCUCCUCGUCCAGGGUCUCUCGGGUCGACCCGUUAAUGAAAUCAUUCGGGUCACACCCGAUUUCGCCACGCUGUUAGGGUUGCAGCAGAGCUUGACCCCUUCGAGAAACAACGGGUUCUUGAACAUGCUGAAAUUGAUGCAGAGGAAGGCUCUUAUGUUGUACGUGGAAGCUGAAAAGGGGGGUGGUGAGUUCAAUUCAGAAACUGAUGUCAUUGUUGAGAAUUCUGCAAGUGGUGGAGAAAGUUCUGAUCUUGGUGGUGAUUCUGAGAUAGCAUCGGUGCCAGAAUUUCAGGGUGAUGAGAAUGUGGAAUUGGGGGGGAGGGGGAAGAGGGGCAUUGUUGAGGAUUCAAGUGGUGGAGAAAGUUCAGAAACUGUUGAUGAGAAUAUGGAAUUGUGGGGGAGGGGGAAGAGGAUAAGGGAGAAAUUGGAGAAGGAGCUUGAGCCUGUUGAGUUGGAAGUGGAAGAUGUGUCUUAUCAGCAUGCAGGGCAUGCUGGGGUAAGAGGGAGUGAUGGGGAGACUCACUUUAAUGUUAGAGUUGUGUCUAAAGAGUUUGAAGGGAAGAGUUUGGUUAAGAGGCAUAGGCUUAUCUAUGGCCUGCUUCAAGAGGAGUUGGAUGCUGGACUGCACGCGUUGUCGAUCGUGGCCAAGACGCCGGCCGAAGUUGAAGGGUGAGCGUGAGACUCCGAGAGUUAGCUAGAAUGGUGGAAGAGAGGUCAAGGUUUUUUUUCUCUCCUUUGUCACUUUUUGUGUUUGAGGAUGGAUGUAUGGAUUUUCAUUGUUGAACCAGAAUGGUGAUUGUUUGUUAGAAGGGCACUUUCUAUUUGUUAGAAAAUGCACCGAUGAAUUUAGAUUUUGUAGAAGCUAUGGCUUUCAUUCCCAUACUGUAACAAUUUUGCCAUUUGAAAGAAGAAAGAUGAUUGUGUGGCUUCUAGACUUAAUUUGGGUGAAUUUGCCUUAUUGUUAUGGUCAUUUGAUUUUUUGAGUGA